AUGGAUCAAGCAAAGCUGGCUAGGAUGCAGGCGAGCGUGCGGAUUGGAAAGGGUACUCCCCGCCGCAAGGUCAAGAAGGUCCACAAGUCCUCCGGUGCCGACGACAAGAAGCUCCAGACCACCCUGAAGAAGAUGAACGUCCAGCCCAUCCAGGCCAUCGAGGAGGUCAACAUGUUCAAGGAGGACGGAAACGUCAUCCACUUCGCCGCCCCCAAGGUCCACGCCUCCGUCCCCUCCAACACCUUCGCCCUCUACGGUAACGGCGAGGAGAAGGAGCUCACCGAGCUCGUCCCCGGUAUCCUCAACCAGCUUGGCCCCGACAGCCUCGCCUCCCUGCGCAAGCUCGCCGAGAGCUACCAGAACAUGCAGAAGCAGGCCGGUGCCGAGGGCAAGAAGGAUGAGGAUGAGGACGAUAUCCCUGACCUGGUUGAGGGCGAGAACUUCGAGAGCAAUGUUGAGUAA